CUCAGGCCACCUUCCGCCCCCUCCACAAACUCGCUUCUUUGUCAACUCGCCUUUACUCAAACUUCACCGCUUUGAUCAGCCACAUCCCAAGUUCCAUCACCGCGGUGUUGCCAGUACUCACCUUGGCACUGCUGCUGAAUCGCGAAUAUUUUUGGAACUCAUCCGCAUCCACUCCUCAAGACCCUUCCAUUUUCUGCCAGACGGAUGAGCACAAGCGAUAUGAUACCGACGUGGCCAGCCGCUCCACCGCCCCCGGGCACCCAGCCCUCUGGGGGCUACACAACUUCCUACUCCGGUGAGUCGGCUCCGCGUCACACAUUGGGUUGUGUUUCUCUCGGGCCCUGUUCUUGCGACAGCUUCAACCGUAGCAUCCCACCGCUGAUCGCUCGCUUAAAUCCAGCUGCGCCUGCCUACACCGCAGUCGAAGUCCGACAGUCUUUCGGCCAGUCCUACUCUGUUCCGCAACCUUCCUACCCCGCCGCCCCUGCUUACGGCCAGACACAUUCCCCUUCGCCCAGCACAGCUAAUGUUGCACCCAACGUGAAUUCCCCGCCGCCUGCAGCCCCAGAUCAGGCCAAGAAGAAGAUCGACUGGCCCGACUCGGUCCGCCGUUACGUCCAGCGAUCCUUCACUCCCGCGAAUCUUGAUCCAACCGUCUCGAGGGCUGAAAUGGAGGCCAAGCUCAAGGAGACGAUAACCCAGGCCAAUGAGCAGGGCGUCAUGUAUACAAUCGACUGGGACUCGAUGCCUCUUCCCCAACACAUGAUCCGAGAGGAGCGUACCCGAGCCUUGCUUCUUCACCCGAAACCACAGGCACCGACCCCAAUUCAAGGCGCCGAAACGAGCACUGGAUCCAAGAAGAGAAAGUCCUGGGACCAAACGGACGCGGCAGCUCCGGCCACAACUGCCCCCGCUCCCCCAUGGCGGAGUGGGCCUGCCCGCCUUGAGGAUCGUGUCUCCUUUGCGUCCGACAAACGCCAGCCCAGCGAUGAUCCCCUCAAGCAUACAAGUAAGUUCAACAGGGCCGACAAGCGGCAGAAACGGGCCGAAGGGGAGUACACAACCUCCCGCGAGGAUACGCCGCCUCCCGCCGACGGUCCGGUCAUUGGCACCUGCCAGGACCUAGAGAAGCCCUAUCUCCGAUUGACUGCGGCUCCGAAGCCUUCCCAAGUCCGUCCUCCCCAUAUUCUGCGGCAGACGCUGGAGCUGCUCAAGAAGAGGUGGAAGAGGGAUCAAAACUAUGCCUACAUCUGCAACCAGUUCAAGUCCAUGCGACAGGAUCUCACAGUACAGCGUGUCCGGGAUGACUUCACGGUGGAAGUAUACGAAAUCCAUGCCCGCAUUGCCUUGGAGAAGGGGGAUCUCGGUGAGUAUAAUCAGUGCCAGACCCAGCUCAAGGCGCUGUACAAGCUGGGUCUGAAGGGCAAGCCGAACGAGUUCAAGGCGUACCGGAUUCUGUAUUACAUUCACACAGCGAACCGCACGGAGCUGAAUAACGCUCUGGCAGAUCUAACCCCAGCAGAGAAGCAAGAUAAGGCCAUCAAGCAUGCCCUGGAUGUGCGGUCCGCCCUGGCCUUGGGCAAUUACCAUCGGUUCUUCCAGCUCUACAACGACACGCCAAACAUGGGCGCAUAUCUCAUGGACAUGUUUGUCGGUAGAGAGCGCCUCGCUGCUCUGUGCAACAUCUGCAAGGCGUAAGUUCUGCUUACCUCGUCAAUUCUCGUCGCUCCCGGAGUUCGCUAAUUCGGCU